AAAAACACAAAAACGUAAAAUUUGCAAUUACACAGCUGAAAAGGUACGGACACAUUUCCAAUCGCUGCUCGCCAUUGAUCGGUCACUCUCAAAAGCAGCGAGCCCCACUCUUUUGACUCACCCUUGUUUAUCUUUGUUUCUGUUCUCACUUUACGUUUUUUUCCGCCGGAUUAAUAUAUAAACGGUAACAAAAAAAAAACGAACGGUUACCUGAUUGUUGAUUAGCUGCAUGAGAUUGAGUACACUCGGUUUAAUCAGGAAUUUACAGUGUUUUUUGUGUCGAAUGAUCGAUUGAUGGAGAUUAACACUGUACCGGGUCGACUCGUUGGGUCGGAGAUUCAUGGAUUCCGCACCAUGGAAGAUUUGGAAGUUGGCGCUAUGUUGGAGGAAGCUAAGUCAAGAUGGCUCAGACCAAACGAGAUUCACGCCGUACUCUGUAACCACAAGCAUUUCACUGUCCAUGUCAAACCUAAGAACCUGCCAAAAAGUGGCACAAUUGUGUUGUUUGACCGUAAGAUGCUUCGGAAUUUCCGGAAAGAUGGCCAUAACUGGAAGAAGAAAAAAGAUGGAAAAACUGUUAAAGAAGCUCACGAACACCUAAAAGUUGGCAACGAGGAAAGAAUUCAUGUAUACUAUGCACAUGGGGAAGACAGCCCAACUUUUGUUCGGAGAUGUUACUGGCUACUUGAUAAGUCCCUGGAACAUAUUGUCCUUGUGCACUAUCGUGAAACUCAAGAGUUGCAGGGCUCCCCAGCCACACCGGUAAAUUCUAACUCCAGUCCCGCUGUCUCUGACCCGUCUGCUUCUUGGCCUUUGUCAGAAGAAUCUGAUUCUGCAGGACACCAAGUAAAUUAUGGCAGCAGCAUGUCACCUUUAGAGCGUAAUGACAGUAUGACCAUUAAAAAUCACCAACAGACACUUCAUGAAAUAAAUACCCUUGAAUGGGAUGAACUUGUGGUGCCAGAUGAUCUCGACAAGCUGAAUUCACCAGAAGAAGUACAAUUUGCAGGAUUUGAAUUGGCAAAUCAAUAUCAGACGAGCAAUAACAGAACUAAUGAUGAUGCUGUAUCAACUAGUAAGGUAACACCGCAAAGUUCCGGGAACAGUUUCUAUGAACAAGUUGGUAAGAGUAAUUCGAUGAACCAUAAAAAUUCCAACAACUUAUCAUACCAGACCGUGGGACAUGAGAUGAAUGUACAUUCGGAAACUAUGAUUUCUGGACUUGGUACAUUAAGUGGAGCUAGUUCUAUAUAUAAUUUGGCCAAAGAUGGUUUGCAAGCACAGGAUAGUUUUGGAAGGUGGGCAACAUAUGACAUUGACAAUUCUCUGGAAUCAUUGGUUGAUCAAGAACUGGAAUCAUCAGUUUUAAAUGGACAUCAGUCUUUCUCAUAUCAGAAAAUUGAUAAUCAUCAACCAUCUCCACCCGGGCAGAUAUUCAACAUAACAGAUAUCUCUCCUGCAUCGGCUCUUUCAACGGAAGAAACUAAGAUCUUGGUAAUUGGGUUUUUUAGUGAAGGACAGCUACCUCGGACAGACUCCAAAUUGUACCUUGCGUGUGGAGAUUCUAUUUUUCCACUAGAAAUUGUCCAAGGAGGAGUAUUUCGCUGUCUAAUUCCGCCUCAAACUCCUGGAUCAGUGAAUCUCUAUAUGACAUUUGAUGGGCAUAAACCAAUCAGCCAAGUCCUAACUUUUGAAGUCCGUGCUCCUGUGCAGCCCAAUCGUAUGGUUUCUUUUGAAAAUAAGACUGAUUGGAAAGAAUUUCAACUUCAGCUGAGGCUUGCUCAUUUAUUGUUUUCAUCAGCAAAGGGGCUGAGUAUUUAUAACACUAAAAUAUCCCAAACUGCUUUGAAGGAAGCCAAAGCUUUUGCUCAAAAAACUUCACAUAUCUCUAACGGUUGGGUGUUUUUGAGCAAAAUGAUCGAAGAACGGCAAAUGUCUUUUCCCCAGGCAAAAGAUCAAUUGUUUGAACUAACAUUACACAAUAGGCUACUGGAAUGGUUGCUAGAAAAAGUGGCAGCAGGGUCUAAAAUUUCUGAGCGCGAUGAACAAGGUCAAGGUGUAAUUCAUUUGUGUGCCAUCCUAGGUUAUACAUGGGCAGUUUACCCGUUUUCAUGGUCUGGCUUAUCAUUGGAUUAUCGAGACAAACAUGGAUGGACAGCUCUACAUUGGGCUGCGUAUUAUGGAAGGGAGAAAAUGGUGGCGACACUUUUAUCUGCCGGGGCAAAGCCAAACUUAGUCACAGAUCCAACCUCACAGAACCCUGGUGGAUGCAAUGCUGCCGAUCUUGCUUCUACAAACGGUUACGAUGGGUUGGCAGCUUAUCUUGCCGAGAAGGCUUUAGUCGAACAAUUCAAAGAAAUGACAGUGGCUGGAAAUGUUAGUGGGUCCCUCCAAACUUCCUCGAACGAGCCCAUAAAUCCUGAAAAUUUCACUGAGGAAGAGUUGUACCUUAAAGACACUCUUAUAGCUUAUAGAACAGCUGCUGAUGCAGCUGCACGUAUAAACGCUGCAUUCAGGGAGCACUCAUUCAAAAUACGCAAACAAGCGGUUGAGUCAUCUAAUCCGGAGAUUGAAGCACGUAAUAUUGUUGCAGCGAUGAAGAUCCAGCAUGCUUUUCGCAAAUACGAGACACAUAAAAAGUUGGCUGCUGCUGCUAGAAUCCAAUAUAGAUUUCGUACAUGGAAGAUUCGCAAGGAUUUCCUGAACAUGCGUCGUCAGGCCAUCAAAAUUCAAGCUCAUUUUAGAGGUUUUCAAGUGAGGAGGCAUUAUCGGCAAAUCGUUUGGUCAGUCGGGGUACUCGAGAAAGCAGUACUUCGGUGGCGUCUGAAGAGGAAAGGCUUCCGCGGGCUUCAGGUCCAACCCGAGACAGCUGUCGUUGAUCCAAAUCAAGAUGGUGAAGUCGUGGAAGAAGCAUUCUUCAGAGCUAGCAGAAAACAAGCUGAGGAUCGUGUUGAGAGAUCUGUUGUGAGGGUGCAGGCUAUGUUUCGUUCAAAGCAGGCGCAGGAAGAGUAUAGAAGGAUGAAAUUAGAACAUAGUAAAGCAAAGCUGGAGUAUGACGAACUUCUCCAUCCCGACGAUGAAAUGGGAUAAGAAAUGCAAGAUCGAGCGAUAACGAAACCAUUAGGAUAGAAGCAUAUGAAUUGUAAAUCUUGGUAUCUAAGGUGGUGUUUGCAAAUUAUUAUUUAAAAGUAGAAGUUAGCGAUUGUGAGUUAAGUCA